AUGGAGAAAGGUGAUAGCAAGAGUAACAGUUUGUUGAAUCUGCCGCCGAUGGCAGCAGAAGUGUCCGGCGAAGGAUUGCCAUUUGCGCCAGAAAAUUGGCCGGAAGACGGCGACGUUUGGGGAUGGAGAACCGGGCGUAGAGUUACGUCGAACGGGUACUUUCAGGAUCGGUACCUUUAUCUGCCGAAGCGACUGAGCCUCGCGGGGAAGCAGAACCCUAACCCAGGGACAGGGUCCAGCCGCAAGACACACAUCUUUGCAAGCAAGCUUGCUGCUGAACGCUACGUGAAGGCAACUUUUCCUGACGCCGAUGUUAAAGCUUUUUUCUCUUCCUUUAGCUGGAGGAUUCCCGCUUUACUCUCCCCUUCACCUAACGGCAAUGCACCGCCCAUAGCUGCUGUGCCUCUUCAACAGGUAGCACAAGCAGAAGAGCCAGACUCUGAUUGUGAGACUGAUGUUGUUAGGUGUAAAGCAAAGAAUAAGAACUGCGAUAGCCUGGUGUUGGAAAAAGUAGAAAAAUAUUCGCCGGCCAUGCCUUGUGAUAUCUGCUGUACUGAAGCUGGUUUUUGCCGUGAUUGUAGCUGCAUUCUUUGUUGCAGAACUGUUAGUUCUGCUAAUGGUGGCUAUAGUUAUAUCAAGUGCCAAGUAAAGGUUGGUGGGGGAAUAUGUGGCCACGUUGCUCAUAUGGAAUGCGCACUUCGGGCUCUCAUGGCUGGCAAGGUUGGAGGAUUUGUGGGAUUAGACGCUGAGUACUAUUGCCGACGCUGUGAUGGGAGGACUGAUAUGAUUUCCCAUGUUAAUAAUCUUCUGCAAACAUGUAUAGCUACUGAUUGUGAUGAUGAGAUUCGGAAGAAGAUUUUGAAUUUUGGCAUUUGUCUCUUGCGUGGUUCAGAGAAACCCAUGGCAAAGGAGCUGCUGAGUCGUAUUGAAUUGGACAUCUCGAAGCUGAGAUGUGGGACUAAUCUUGAAGAUAUCUGGAAGGUGGAUGGCAGUCAUACUGCUCGUUCUGCUGGCUCAAAUCAUGGCAACGAUGUGAAGGUCGAUGAAAACAGGAUCUGGGUGGAAUCUUAUGAUUAUCUACCUCGUGCAUUAAAACUUGACGUUGAGGUUGAUCAGGUUCUCCAGGCUCUUAGGAAGUCACAGGAGUUUGAAUAUUCGGUGGCAGAAGAAACACUUCAAGUACACAAGAAAUAUUUACAGAAUUUACAUCAGCAACUCGACAGUGAGAAGUCUGAAUUGGCUUGUCAAAACUCAUCUGGUUCAAAUAGCUUGUUUGGUGCUGUAAGAGCAAGAAAGGAACAAAUAAAACGGGAGGAGAAGAAAUUUGAAGAUAUGAAGAAGGUGGCCAACGGUUUUGGCAGGACAUCGAAAGAGAUUUUAAAGGAACACUUUGGCUUGGAAAUGGCAGAUUAA